UUUUGCUCAUGAGCUUAUUUAAAUCUCUAAAUUUUAUGCAAAACAAAAAUUAUUUUAAAAAUGUAUGGUGAUGUCAUCAAUGUGUUCUGUGUUUUGUAAAUAAAUGGUAAUUUGACGUACAUCAGCUGAUCAUCAUCAAAACAUUUGAGUUUUUACAAUAAAAAUGACUAGUGCCGUACAGCAACAGAUCUUUGCAUUGGAUGCUCGGUAUAAUGCUCAUAGGGCACCUCAAAGUCCCAGUUUUAGAACUUUAUACAUAAGAAGGCGAAGCCAACUGCUGCGGGAGUCACAACUUUCACCAGAAGAUUCUAAACAGUACUUGAAGUUACGUACAUUCCUUUUACAGCAAAGAUAUGGUAACCCUAAAAUUGACUCCGGAUCUUUACCAGCUACAGGAACUAAUAGCAAAGCCAACUCAAAUAAAGGCAACAUUCAACAGGGAAACUCUUUGUCAGGUUCUGUUGUGCCAACUAAAGAAGCUGAAGCUUCCCGAGCAAUUGUAGGAGGUAAUACAAUAGCAGAAAAUUAUGCUUUUGUUGGAGUACACCAUAUUUUUGAUCAACAUUUACAACCAGUUACAAUGGUAAAAUUUGCCAACAAUGAUAAAUCAAGAUUAUGUUGCUGUUCAAUAGAUGGAAAUCUAUCCAUAUGUAAUUUAAUGGAUAACCCACCCUCAGUUUUGACAAUUCUUAAGGGACACACAAAACCUAUAUCAGGUUUCGAUUGGUCUGUAAAUAAUGAUUUAAUUGUUAGUGCUUCACUGGAUGGUACAAUUAGAGUCUGGAAUGUUAGUGAUUAUAAUUGUCUGAGAAUUAUUAAUGAUCCAAACAAUGCACAAAUUUUGUGCUGUUUAUUUCAACCUAGCAAUAACAAUUUGUUAUUAACAGGUAAUUGUAGAGGAGAACUCAGAAUAGCAAAUGUUUCCACAGGAAGAUUUAUGAAGAACGUUUGUAAAAUAGGUGGCAACGUAUUAAGUUUAACAUCAGACACAAGUGGAAGAAUAUUUUGGGCAGGGAAUGACAAGGGUGAAAUUGUUUCUGUUUUUUGUGAAUUAAAUGGUGGUUUAUGCAAAACUAGAAAAAUAACUAUGGCAGUUCCAUGUUCCAUAACAAGUUUAAGCUACAGAGCAUGGAUAAGUAGAGAAGCAAGGGAUCCUAUGUUACUGGUGAAUGCCACAAAUAACACAUUGUGUUUAUUCAGUAUUAUUGAUUCAGAGGGUGGUUUACAAGUAAAGAGGCAAUUCCAAAAUAGACAUCAAAAACAUAUGGUUAGAUCGACAUUUUGUCCAAUUAUGUCUUUCAGACAAGGUGCUUGCGUUGUGACAGGAAGUGAAGAUGGCAGCGUGUACUUUGUGGAUAUAGAGCGACCAGGUAACAAAUCAGUCGUUAACACACUCCAAGGACAUGCUUCAACAGUAUUAAGCAUCAGCUUUAAUUACGAUGAAUCUCUAUUAGCAACCAGUGACUUACAAGGUCUGGUAAUAAUUUGGAAAAAGGGUAGCGUUAAUUAAAUGUAUAAGUAUUACUAGUUUACACUACCUAUUUAAUCUAUAAAAUUAUUCAGUUUUAAAGUGUAUUUUUGUAAAUAAUAUUUUUAUUAAAUAAUUAAUAAAUAAAUUUAAAUAUAAUUUGUUUUUUAUAAAU